AUGCCGUAUGUUUUGUUGCCAACUGUAGACUGGUUUAUUCUAGUUUUACAGAGGUAUAAAUAUUGAAAGUUAACAGUAGGAUAUCAAAAGAUUCUUGCACAACUUCAACCUCAACGGUUUCACACAUGCCAAGCUAUGGAAAUUGUAAGAUAAAUCAAUUAUAGUAUAUCAAACUAACUGAUGAUGCUAUAAAAGCUUUUAAGUUUAAGUCAUUUUGA